UCGCCAAAGAGACACCACCCGAAAUCGAGGUAGACCGAGGAACACCUCCGACGCCAGCCACUCCAGCCACCCCUGCCUCUCCAUCAAGAGUACCCUCGGGAAUAGGGCUGAGUCGAACAGAUUCUAUUGCAUCUGAUCCAGCUGGCCCCGUUUCCCCAAGAGGAGUGGCGUUCAGUCGAACGGACUCUAUCGUGUCCGUGAGCUCCAACCACCGGGUAGCCAGACUUCGAGAAAGGGAGGCAGGGGACACACCAAACGUGCGGACUCGUGACUCUUCUCCUAAUCGCAAUAUCAGAUUCGCAGCAGAAUUGUCUAGGCCAGCAUCAAGGAGUGGCAUCGAGUCGGCUAAUCCCUAUGCCACGCAGAGGGCUAGUUCUACAGAUUUGGAAUAUAGCUCAUUAAAACUGGCACUCCCAGGAAUGAAUCAAGCAUUAAAUGACUUCAACCAAAGCUGGCCUGUAGACUUCUCCAUGUGA